AUGCUGCUGGCACGUACGGGGAAACUACACACAGAACACUGGCUAAACCAGACUGGAUGCAGACAGGCCAAACAAGCCAUGCCUGGCAUCAACGGUGUCACAGACAGUCCCCUAUGCCGUGGAUGCAUGGAGACAGAAGAAACAGCCUCUCACGUGGUGCUGGAAUGCAGCGGAGUGGCCCCAUACAGGGCAAAACAUCUCGGAUCCCCGAGAGACCUCCCCGAGGUCCUACUCAACAUCAAAGCUUCACCGGUUCGGCCGCCGCUCCCCUCACGUAAGUCAAUCACUGACUCGAGCAGGACCUACGCAGACAGCAGUCACGCUGCGUCUGCCCAAUCAGACAAAGGCUACUCCUCAAUCGGAGCAGAUGGAACCAGGGUUACAUCGAAUGAGAAGGGUAGCAGUGCUGAAAGGAAGGACGGCCAUCAAUAUACUCAUAGUGACCACGGGAUUUCAACAGACGGCCAUGGAGGCCACUCGAGCUGGGGCUUAGACGGAGACCAUCGCCGCGCCAGCGAGGGCAAAUCUGCAGCAAUCGAUAAAGAAUUAAUCGUAAAAGGUAAAAGCGGAACGCGUGUGCAGAAGGAGAAGGGAAGCAGCGCUUCAGACAAAUCAGCUUACGACGACGUUCACAAGAGAUACACGACCGUGUCCGACGGCAAAGGUGGAUACAAAAGCGAUACAAGCGGCUAUAGGCAAGUAGGAAAAUCCCAAGGUUCAUCCGCAGCUAGUGACAAGGUUUUGAAGAUAAUAAAUAAGGAUGGAACCAGGGUCACAUCGAAGGAGAAGGGUAGCAGUGCUGAAAAGAAGGACGGCCAUCAGUAUACCCACAGCGACCACGGGAUUUCAUCAGACGGCCAUGGAGGCCACUCGAGCUGGGGCUUAGAUGGAGAUCAUCGCCGCGCCAGCGAGGGCAAAUCUGCAGCAAUCGAUAAAAAAUUAAUCCUAAAAGAUAAGAGCGGAACGCUUGUGCAGAAGGAGAAGGGAAGCAGCGCUUCAGACAAAUCAGCUUACGACGACGUUCACAAGAGAUACACGACCGUGUCCGACGGCAAAGGUGGAUACAAAAGCGAUAAAAGCGGCUAUAGGCAAGUAGGAAAAUCCCAAGGUUCAUCCGCAGCUAGUGACAAGGUUUUGAAGAUAAUAAAUAAGGAUGGAACCAGGGUCACAUCGAAGGAGAAGGGUAGCAGUGCUGAAAAGAAGGACGGCCAUCAGUAUACCCACAACGACCACGGGAUUUCAUCAGACGGCCAUGGAGGCCACUCGAGCUGGGGCUUAGACGGAGACCAUCGCCGCGCCAGCGAGGGCAAAUCUGCAGCAAUCGAUAAAAAAUUAAUUCUAAAAGAUAAGAGCGGAACACUUGUGCAGAAGGAGAAGGGAAGCAGCGCUUCAGACAAAUCUGCUUACGACGACGUUCACAAGGGAUACAAGACCGUGUCCGACGGCAAAGGUGGAUACAAAAGCGAUACAAGCGGCUAUAGGCAAGUAGGAAAUUCCCAAGGUUCAUCCGCAGCUAGUGACAAGGUUUUGAAGAUAAUAAAUAAGGAUGGAACCAGGGUCACAUCGAAGGAGAAGGGUAGCAGUGCUGAAAAGAAGGACGGCCAUCAGUAUACCCACAACGACCACGGGAUUUCAUCAGACGGCCAUGGAGGCCACUCGAGCUGGGGCUUAGAUGGAGACCAUCGCGACGCCAGCGAGGGCAAAUCUGCAGCAAUCGAUAAAGAAUUAAUCGUAAAAGGUAAAAGCGGAACGCGUGUGCAGAAGGAGAAGGGAAGCAGCGCUUCAGACAAAUCUGCUUACGACGACGUUCACAAGGGAUACAAGACCGUGUCCGAUGGCAAAGGUGGAUACAAAAGCGAUACAAGCGGCUAUAGGCAAGUAGGAAAUUCCCAAGGGUCAUCCGCAGCUAGUGACAAGGUUUUGAAGAUAAUAAAUAAGGAUGGAACCAGGGUCACAUCGAAGGAGAAGGGUAGCAGUGCUGAAAAGAAGGACGGCCAUCAGUAUACCCACAGCGACCACGGGAUUUCAUCAGACGGCCAUGGAGGCCACUCGAGCUGGGGCUUAGACGGAGACCAUCGCCGCGCCAGCGAGGGCAAAUCUGCAGCAACCGAUAAAGAAUUAAUCGUAAAAGGUAAAAGCGGAACGCGUGUGCAGAAGGAGAAGGGAAGCAGCGCUUCAGACAAAUCAGCUUACGACGACGUUCACAAGGGAUACAAGACCGUGUCCGAUGGCAAAGGUGGAUACGAAAGCGACAGAAGUGUUGAUAGGCAAGUAGGAAAUUCCCAAGGUUCAUCCGCAGCUAGCGACAAGGUUUUGAAGAUAAUAAAUAAGGAUGGCUCCUCGAUCACUGCCAAAGAGCUAGCCUACAGUGCCUCUCGAGAUAGUAACAGUGAGAAAUCACAUUCCACGAGAUCCACCGGCGACUACGCUUCGUCGAGCGACGCGGCAUCUAAAUCCGACGACAGGUCCUACGAGGCUAUAGGGGAAGAUGGAUACACCUACAUUCGUAACACUGGCGACGCUGCUUCCGAAAGCAGCGGCAGUUCGAGUUACAACAGAAACCAAGGGACUUCAAAGAGCGCUGAUGGUAGCUCGGAAUCCUUGAAUAGUGAAGCCAACGCCGCGACGGCUCACAAAGCCGCGUCUGACAGCAACAAGUUAAUUUUAACAAGUCAGUUUUUAAUUAAGAAGAACCCGAACGGUUCCUCCAGACUGAAGACUUCGGAAACAGCAAACGCUAGCGUGGAUGAAGGCAGCCAAGUCAACAACCAGUCAAGUAAGACUUCAGUUGGAGCCGAUGGUAGCACGACGAAGAUUAACUCUAAAUCUUCAAACGCCAGCCAGUCUUCUGCUGCAUCUAGUUCUUCUGAACAAGUGGAAGUCAUUGAGUGCUAA